AUGUUUCUCGGACGCAUUAUCCUCGUCCUACAAGCUGAAUCACAUGCCUUGAAGAAAAAGUGGUUGACCAAGGUCUUCGUCACAGGAGACGUGCUUCCGUUCUUGUUGCAGGGGGCGGGUAAGUCAAAGAAACCGCAAGUGAAAGUGGAAGGAAACUGGGGGUACAUUAGAAGCCCGCGGCUAAUCGAAUCUUUGUCAAGUGGUGGCAUUCAAAGCAAUGGCAGCUUGGAGGGUGUGAAGACUGGCGAGCACAUCAUCGUUGCUGGCCUUGUGAUCCAGAUACUCUUCUUCGCCUUCUUUAUUGUUACGGCAACCCAUUUCGACAGAACGCUGAUGAAGUAUCCGAUUCCGCGAGCUCGUUCCCCAAGUAUUCCCUGGCGACGACACCUCAACAUACUGUAUCUGACGAGCGGCCUGAUCAUGAUCCGUUCUAUGUUUCGACUGAUCGAAUAUGCACAAGGGAACGGUGGGUAUAUUCUGCACCACGAAUUAUGUUUGUAUAUAUUUGAUUCGUUGUUAAUGUUCCUCACCAUGAUCAUUUUCAAUGUGGUUCACCCGCAAGAGAUUGGUCAACUGUUGUCCCACCCGGUUCAGUAUGAAAUGACCGCCGGGCAGGUUUGA